UUGAUAAUAAAAUUUAUACAUAUGAUCCUAUCGGUGACAUGAAAAGCGAGCAGAUCCGUGCGAAAAAGUCCUGCGGAUUACGAGUCGAAGUUGAGCAAAAAUGUAGCCCUAAAAUCUUGCAAGCUACGUGCACUCAAGAUUACUUCGGCACACCCCGUAUAACGCCUCUGUACACAAUAGCCGAUAUACAUUCGCGCAUUGUUCGCUCCCUUGUCAGUGUCUGUGCGCGAUGCGUAUAUUGUGGCACGUGAAUGGAUACUCCAGCGAGAGCGCGGUCUCAUUGGAAACCUCGCGUUAUUCUUGCAAUUAUUAUGGCGAUUAUAAAUGGUAGCGCAGCAACAAAUGGCCUCGCCGCGAAUAGUGUCCACGUUCAAGCGCCUGUCGCCCCGAUCGUUCGACAACGUAUUGGACGUCAGGUGAGCGAAGAAACGCGCUGGUCGCUCGCGCGAGCCACGACUGACGUUUUUGCAAUUCCUCGGGGAUGUCGCUUGUUCCUCACCUUUCUCUUCUUGCCGGCAAGUCCGAAGACGCCGAGAAACCUCGCGAGAAGGCCGGGCAAUGAGAAGCUGUUGUCGCCUUUCAAUAUCGACACACCCAACAGAAUGAAAAUAUUGAAGGAGGGUCUGCCGAAGAAACAAUAUCCUGUGUUGGGAGCGGGUGCUUUUGGCACCGUUUACAAGGCAUUUUACAAAGGAGAUCAGGUGGCGGCGAAAGUGAUCCAGCACAGGCAAAACGACGACGAACUGAUCAACUCGGAGAAGCAUGCGGCGAUCCUGCGGCACGCCAACAUCGUGAAGAUAUUGAACGUAGAACAGGGCAGUAGUUUAUCGUUGAUAACGAUGGAAUUGUGCGGCACGUCAUUGCAGGACAAGCUGCAGGAGACAGUUCUCCCGAGGCAGGAGCGUGUCUCCAUUUGGCGAGAUAUCGCCCACGCGCUCCGAUUCUGCCACAAUUCUGGCGUGAUACACGCGGACGUCAAGCCGACCAAUAUCCUGAUGGCAGCUGACGGUCGACCAAAACUCACUGAUUUCGGUAGCUCUCUCCUGCUCGAUGAACUGCACAUUUCUAUCAAGCCGCGAGGUACACCAGGCUAUGCAGCGCCGGAGAUGCUCAGAGGAAAUGCACCUACAUUCACUGCUGACAUUUAUUCGCUAGGAAUUGUAGCAUGGCAAAUGUUGUCUCGGCAAGUGCCUUUCCAUGGAUUACACAUCCAUACAAUUAUAUACAUCUCCGCAAAAGGAACACGCCCUAAUGACGAGGCUCUGGAUGACGAGUUCAAUGGAGGCUACAAAAAAUUAUAUAGAGCAACAUGGUCGCAGAAUGCUGCAGAAAGGCCUAAGCUCGGUGAAAUAAUCAACAGACUCGACCUCUUGCUUCAUUGUUAACAUUUAUUUUAUUGAAAUUAUCUUUUAAGCACGAAACAUGUCUUACUUGCAGUAGUUGCUGUUAGAUAAU